AUGUUGAAAUUGGUGAUUACCCUGGCCGUGUGCGUUGUUGCCGUGGCUCUGGCUGCCCCCGCCGCCGACGACGCCUCGGCCAACAUCCUGACGUACGACUCGCGCCUCGAACCGGACGGUGCCUACUCGUACAAGUACUCGACGAGCAACGGCAUCCAGGCGGAGGAGAGCGGCAUCGGCGGCCAGUCGGUGCAGGGUUCGGCCUCGUGGGUCGGCGACGACGGCGUUCCGAUCGUGCUGACCUACACCGCCGACGAGAACGGCUUCCACCCGCAGGGCGUCCAUCUGCCGACGCCGCCACCAAUCCCGGACUACAUCCUCCGGGCGCUCCGGUACAUCGAGGCCAAGCAGGCGGAAAGGGCCGGAGGCAAGUGA